CGUGGUAAUAAGUGCUUUCCAGAUAAAUCACAAACCUUUCAAAUUGGUCCAGCAGGACGUCAACAAAUGUAUAUUACACCUGCUGGAUGGGCAAGAUUUGGUUUAAGAGUAUUAGAUAAAUAUGAUAAUAAAUAUUGGUUAGAUCCUUUUCAACAUCAACAAAAUUGGUAUAGAGCUUUUCAUGGUACUGGACGUGCAUGUUCCACUGAUUUUAAAGAUCUUAAUGGAACUUUGGAUCAACAAUAUGCUCCUGUUGAUGCUGUAGCUAAUAUUUAUUGUAAAGAAUUUAGUAAAGCACGAGUUCAUGUUUACGGAGAGGGUGUUUAUUGUUCUCCAAAUCCUAAAUUUGUCG